AUGCCUCCUACGAUCCUCGUCGCCGGCGCCACGGGCAACACCGGCCCCAGCGUCGUCUCAACCCUCUCCUCCCUCCUCCCCCAAACACCCUUCUCCUCCCACCGGAUCCUAGCCACAACCCGCUCCCCCGACAGCCCCGUCGCCCAACACCUCGCCACCCUCCCCGGCGUCGAGGUGAUCCGCCAGAACUGGUCCGAAAUCACCGCCGAAUGGCUGCGCUCCCAAGAAAUCGUCCGCGUCUUCGUCGCCUCGGCCGUGAGCCCCAGCCAGUUCGCCGAGGAAUCCACCUUCCACGUCGCGGCGCUGGAGGCGGGGUGUGUCGAGUACGUCGUCCGCAUCUCCACGACGGCGUGCAACGUCCGCCCGGACUGCAAGGCGUAUUACCCGCGCAACCACUGGGCCAUCGAGGCGCUCCUCGGGUCGAAGGAGUUUGAGGGGUUGAAGUGGACGUCGCUCCAGCCUAACGUGUUCUACCCGUAUGUCAUGGGCGAAGCCGUGGCUCUGGUGAAGAAGGUUCGUGACGGCGGCGAGCAAGGCACGCUGAGGAUGAUGCUCGCGGAGUCCGUGCCGGUGGGUGUCGUGGACGCCGGGGACGUCGGGUCGUUCGCGGGACGGUUGUUACUUGAGGAGGAUGUUUCGAGGCAUGAUGGGGCCAAGUACGUCCUCAACGGGCCCGAAGACCUGACGGGCGCGAAGCUUGUCGAGAUGGUCGAGAAGUACAUCGGGGCGCCUGUGAAGGAUGUGGUGUUCAGGGACAUGUCGUGGGUGGAUCAUGUCAUUGCGGAUACCACGACCGAGGCGAAGAAUGUCAUCGGGUCUCUGAGGCAUGCUGCGGAUGCGACGUGGGAGGGGAAGGCGUCUGCUUCGACGACGAGUGAGGUUGUUCUGGAGAUGAAUCCGCCCAAGAUCACAGCUGCUCAGGCGUUCAAGGCUUUGGUGGAGUCAGCGUGA